CCCCACUGUGGUGGGAUAAGAGGCUGCCCUCACAGUCACAAUGCUCCCGGGUCACAGAGGUGCUGGUCCCCAGGCCAGCCUCUGCCUGGGAAGUUCUCUCUGGGAACAUCUGGUGGGUACUACAGUCCCUAUUCCAGGCCCUAUGGCCUGUGGAACCUCACCACGGGGGGGAGGGCUGGGCCAGACAGAGACAUCACCUGUGGUGUCGGCCCCAUGGAUGAGAUGGAGUGGACACACAGACAUCCCAAGGCUGAGGACCUAAGGGUUGGGCUCAUCAGCUGGGCAGGAACCUACCUCACCUUUGAGGCAUGCAAGAAUACAGUCACUGCAACUGCGAAGAGUUUGGGCAGGAGACAGACCUGGGAGAUCCUGGUGAGCAAUGAGCAUGAGACACAGGCCGUGGUGCGACUGAAGAGCAUGCAGGGCCUCUAUCUGCUGUGUGAGUGUGAUGGCACCAUGUGUUAUGGCCGCCCAAGGACCAGCCACCACGGGUGCUUUCUACUGAGUUUCCACCGGAACAGCAAGUGGACCCUCCAGUGCCUAAUCUCUGGUCGUUAUUUGGAGUCCAAUGGCAAGGACGUGUUUUGCACUUCCCGGGUCCUCUCAGCUUACCACAUGUGGACCCCCCGACCAGCCCUCCAUGUCCACGUGAUCCUCUACAGCCCCAUCCACCACCGCUAUGCCCGGGCUGACCCCACUAUGGGCCGCAUCUGGGUGGACGCAGCAGUUCCCUGCCUGGAGGAGUGUGGCUUCCUGUUGCAUUUCCGAGAUGGAUGCUACCACCUGGAGACCUCUACACACCACUUCUUGUCCCGUGUAGACCGGCUGUUCUCCCAACCCUCAUCACAGACAGCUUUUCACAUGCAAGUGCGGCCUGGAGGGCUUGUGGCACUGUGUGAUGGAGAAGGAGGCAUGUUAUAUCCACAGGGCACGCAUCUGCUCUUGGGCCUGGGCUGCAACCCCCUGAGGGGUGAGGAGUGGUUCAUCUUACAGCACUGCCCAACCUGGGUCAGCCUCAGGUCAAAGACUCGGCGGUUCAUCUCAGUCAUCUACGAUGGUGAGGUGCGUGCUGCUUCUGAGCGCUUAACCCCAAUGUCCUUGUUCCAGUUUGAAUGUGACAGUGAGAGCCCCACUGUGCAGCUUCGUUCAGCCAAUGGCUACUACCUAGCCCAGAGGCGCCACAGGGCCGUAAUGGCUGAUGGGCACCCCCUGGAGUCUGACACGUUCUUCCGAAUGCACUGGAACUGUGGCAGGAUCGUCCUGCAGUCCUGCAGGGGGCGCUUCCUGGGCAUUGCACCCAACAGCCUGCUGAUGGCCAAUGCCAUCCUUCCAGGCCCAAAUGAGGAAUUUGGGAUUUUAUUUGCCAAUCGCUCCUUCCUUGUAUUGCGAGGUCGUUAUGGCUAUGUGGGCUCCUCGUCGGGCCAUGACCUCAUACAGUGCAACCAGGAUCAGCCCGACCGCAUUCAUCUACUACCCUGCCAACAGGGUAUCUACCACUUCCAGGCACGGGGGGGAUACUUCUGGUCAAUAACAUCCUUUGGCACCUUUCGCCCUUGGGGCAAGUUUGCCCUCAACUUCUGUAUCGAGCUUCAGGGGAGCAACUUACUCACUGUACUGGCCCCCAAUGGCUUCUACAUGCGAGCCGACCAAAGCGGCACCCUGUUGGCAGACAGCGAAGACAUUACCAAAGAGUGUAUCUGGGAAUUUUAGGUCAAUGGGAUGUCACCUACCAAAAUCCAAAUCCUCCAGGAAAAACUACUACACUAAAUGGAAGAGGAACCUCAGAGUCAAGAUCCAAGAGAAGAAUAUCUGUUACAGCUUUUCCUACCCAGUUUAGCAAAACACCUGUUUUGUGCAACAAUACAUCACAACAGGCCACCCCCAAGAUCCUUGUGUGCAUCUUACUCAGUAUAGAGUAGGGGUCUGGAUGAGGGUUGAAACAGAGGCCCCAGGCUGCUCCAAGUUCUAUCCAGGAGAGACCAAAUGGCAAGCAGUUCUUCCACUGAUCUUCCCCGUCCCCGUCCAGAGCUGCUAGACUUUUUCUGGUGAACCCAUGAGCAGCCAGCACUGCCCUGAAGGGUUUAGAAUCCAGUUAUGACUUUAAAUAUCUUUUUGGUUUAGAAAAAAGGAAAGGUUAUUAAUCUUGUGGGCACAGGAUAAUGGUAAUAACACCUCAUGCCUGUAUAGGCCACUUUACCUCCUCCUACGACGAUUUGUUCAACUUCCCCACCCAU